AUGAAAAAAAUCUAUUGGUUUAUAAGCUUGCUCAUAAUCCUUGUAAAUGCUUGCUCAUAUUUGCAAAAUGAAGCUAUGCAAAUCAUCUCAACUCCAAAUGAAGUUAUCAACCUAGAGUUGGGCUCAAUUUUCAAACUUAAACAAUAAAAUAAAAUAACCUUGUAUAGCGAUGGUGAUGAAUUCUCUAUAAUUAAGCCGAUUGAAUAAACAGAGAAGUUAAAAGCUAACACUUAAAAAGAUAGUAAGGUAGUAUCAUAUAAACUUUAUAAAACAAAAAACAGUCGUGACCCAUUACACUCAAUGGCAAUUUUAGUUUAACUUAAGGACUCAUACGUCGUGGAAUUUAAUUCUAAUAUUUACAAUACUUUGCCAUCUAUUAAUUCAGUAACAGAAAGAGUUGACUAACCUAAUUCAAUUUGUUAUGAUUUAGUCUAAGUUGAUUCUAUCUUUAUUGUUGAUUGCCAAAAGGAAGACUAAGAAUAUUUCUCAAUUGGAUAAGAUACUUAUAUUCCAAUCUAAAAAGCCAAGAAUUAAAAGAGAAAAUUAGAUUAAAUGGACAAUUACAUUUUUAGAAGCACAGUAAAUGAGUUAGAAUUAUACAUUUAUGAAGAAAAUACUGUGCAGUUACUUAAGAUUCUAGAUUAGGCCACACUAAGUUAAUUGUUACAAAAAGACACCUUUAAAUUGGAGAUAAGAGAUUUUAAAACUCACUCAAAUGGAUAAAUUAGUAUAUUGAAUUCUCAAGGGGAACUCUUAAUAAUAGAAUACCACAGACAGGAAGAUGAAUGGGUAUUGAUUAAAAAUAUUGAUACAAAAACUCAAAAUGCAAUCGGUUAUGAUAUUGAUAUCGAAUCUAAUCAAUUUGUAGUUAUCUAAGAAUAAAACCUUUAUUUUAAGUCUAAAACAUCCCAAGAAUACAUAAUUAGUAUAACUUUGGAAGAAAAAAAUAGGGUUUAUUUGACUCAAAAUUAUAUUUUAUUUUCAAGAUUAGAUAGCCUUGUACUCUAUAACUAGAAACUUUAGAAGCUUCAUUCAAUGUUGAUGGAAUAAUCAAAGUUUAAACUGAUUUCAAAUCCAAAUUUCGACAGCAUCUUAGCCUUGGAUGAUACUGACAUUUAUCGCUACUCAAUUAAUAGUGGUUAUUAUUUAAGAUUUAAAUCCGAUAAACUUUUAGAAGAGUACAGUUAAGUUCAAAUCGCAGAAGAAUACAAUUUGCCUAAGUGCUAUGUUACUAUUUACUAUAGAGUAGUUCCAACAGAUACAUUAAAAAUGUACUUGACUCAAUCCUCAUCGGCCUUAUUUGCUUACGGAGUGAAUUUGGAUGAAUAAACAGCUAAAUUCUAGCCUGCAUGUUCAGGACCAAAUCUCAAAUUUGAAUUUUAGAAUAGUGACAUUUUAAAAAUAGAAGUGAAAAACAAGAAGGAUGAUUUUCGGACUAAUUUAGACUCAACUGAUGUUAUUUACAGAAAGGCGAUUUCAGAUCUUGAUUCAUAAUACGUAUACUUGAUUCAACAAAAAUAGAACCUUGAAAUAGAAGGUUAUAAGUGUGAAAAUCUUCCAGAAUGGGGCUUUGGCUGUGAUAUUUGGUUUCAAAAAAUAAAUUUUCUAAAACUAGAGGAUUCUCAAAACCAAAUUUGGUGGAUAAGUAAAGACGGCCUUUAUUUUGCUAAUUUGAAUGACAAAUAAGUAAAAGUCAAUUUUUUACCUUCUGAUUAAAAAUAAUUCUAAGAAUUUUAAAUUAUUGAGUUACAAUCUCAAGGGAAGACUAUUUCAACGGAUGGAACCAAUUUGUUUAUAGUAAUCGAGAAGGAUGUUGAAAUUUAUGGCAUCAAUACACAAGGAUGGAAAAAGCUUUCAGUAGGAUUAAAGGAUGUGAAUCAGAUUUUUACAUCACCGUUUAGGUAGGACAUGCUAUUUGCCUAUGAUAAUAUUAAAUUGUCUUUAUACAGCAUUUAAUAUUAAAAGUUAACAUUAGUCUGGUUUAUACCUUUAGAGAGUCAAGCAGCUAUUAGUGUUGCAAUUACUAAUGGUCAUUUUUCUAUUUUAAUCAAAUAAUAAGAUUUGUAUGGAAUACUCACAUAUAAUAUUCAAAAUAUAGGGGAUAUUUAUUAUUAAAGAAGUCAUAGUUUAUAUCAUCAUGCAUAAAACGAUAUUACAUUAUUUGAUAGCAAUUAUUUUAAUGAACAACUAUACAUAAUAGGUACUCAUGAAAAGACUGCUAAAAAGGCACUUUUAAUUUACAAAGCAAAUGAGACAAGUCUAAACUCAUAAUUCAUGAUUUUAGAUACUCAAUCUGCUCAGAUAUCAUCUUCAAAUAAUUAUGUUUUCAUUACUGAAACUGAAGCGAAUUCAUAAAAAUUUUAUAUUUAUUUUAUAGAUGGCAAUUAUUUCGUAAGCACUACCAUAAAUACUUAAUUAAAAUAGUAAACAUACAACAAAGGUAUUAAAUUAGAAGGAAAGAUUUCUAAUACUGAUUAUUACUCAACAAUUAAGGAGGUUCCAAUUUAAUUAAUAAAUCGAGGAGUAGAUUUAUUUAGUACAGAGAAAUAAAUGAAUUUUACAUAUGUGAAAGAUUAAGAUGAUGUUCAUUGCUUUAAUAUAGGAUAAUCUUGGUAUAGUGGUUAGGCUCUUGAUAUGGAUUUAAAAUAAGCUAGUGGAGACAUAAAAUUAUAAAAGACUUUGGUUAAAUAAGAAAAUUCUAUUGAAUAUAGUGAAUCUAUUAUGCAAUAUGAUGAUCAAAAUUUGAUUUAAUUGUUUAAGAAUAAGAUUGUUUUAGUUUCUAAAGAAGACUUUAAAACUGCAGAAUUAGAAUUAGAUAACCAAUACUAAUUUAUCAAUAUUCUUUAUAUCCAAAAAGAUCUUAUCUAUGUUUAAGCUACUUAAAAUCAAUAAUAUCAUAUUAAAACAAUAUAAUAUAAAGAUUCUAAAUUUACAUUAUUACCAGGAUCACUUACUUUUAAUUAUUACAUCAAAAAAGCAUUUUAAAACUAGGAUAGAUUUUUUGUUUGGAUUUUGAAUUAUGUAAUAGCUUAUGAUACUAAAGAUGAUCCCACAAAUUUUAAUGAAUUUUAACUUAUUUUAAGAGUUUAUCCCUUUUAAUACCCCUAGUCAAUUGAGAUUCAACAUAUCAAGGAUUAUGUUUAUUAUUUUUACUGCAUUAGUGAAUUGUCUUUAUUUGAAUUAAUCGCUUAUGACGUAGCUUAGACUACUAAAUAGAAUUAUUUCUAUCCUUUUAAUAUAGCAGAUAAUAUUAAAGAAUAGGGCAUGUUUAGUCCUCUUGAUUAUAAGUGCACCGGAAUGGUAAUGAAUGAAAAUUAAAUAGUUAUAACUUUUAAUAAUUCUAUUUCAUAUGCCUAUGAAUAUAAGGUUGAUUGUUCAAAAAAUCAUUUGUGUGAUCUCUCUAAUUUUAAGUAUAAGAAUAGUUAUCAGUAAUACGGUAGUUGGAGUUUGAAUAAUGAAUAUCAAAGUUAAUAGCUGACGGAAAAUAUACUAUCUUUAGUUUAUUAGUCCGAAAGAGAUCAUGAAUUAUUGCUUUAUGAUUUGAAUGAUGAUUCUAACAAGACUGGACCCUUGUCAUCUAUAGCCUAUUUAAAGUUGAAGAACCAUGAAGAUUAAAAACCUGUUUAAACCUUUGUUUAUAAGCAUAAGGGGUAGUUACAUUUAUUGAGUUCAGUAGAAAACAAAGAAAAAUUGGAACACUAUAUAUUAAGAAGAUCUCCUACACUUUGUAUUGAAAAGGAUUCAGUUUAAGAAGAUGUUUAGAUUUUAUUGAAGAAUUCAUAUCAAGAAGCUAUAAUAAAUUUGAGAUUGAAUAUUGAAUUGAUUGAAUCUGAGCCUUCUCACUUUAAAAUAUGGAUAAUAUUGGUGAUUGUGGUGGUGGUUGUGAUCUUGGGGUUAUCCGUAACAAUAUAUUGCCAAAAGAAGAGAAAAAGAUAAGGGAAAUAGAAAUUAUUAACAGAAGUUUGA